GAAUUCCCACUUUCAAAUGCAGGUUUACCCUUCAUUUCAGAAAAAGGAAUUGAAGACCCUUCUAAGAGAAAAAUAGAUUUUUGAUUCUUUUCUUUCCCUGAUUAUGGGAUCGAAAAGGGAAAUGUCAUCAUCCGAAGCUUCUGCUAAGAUGAAAGUCAAGGCAGCACCGGUAAUAACACUCAGCCUUGUCUUCAUUCUUGCGAACUUUGCAGGUCUGUGCGUUAGUGCAUUGCAGGAAGGGUUUUAUAGAGGGAAGUGCGGGGUUGCAGAUGUGGAGUUAAUAGUUGCAGGUGUUGUGACAACCAGAUUUUUCAUGGACCCAACCAUCGUUGCUGCCCUUCUCCGGUUGCAGUUCCAUGAUUGCUUUGUCAAUGGCUGUGAUGCAUCCAUUCUAAUAGAUGGCAGCAACAGCGAGAAAACAGCACAACAAAAUCACAGAUUGAGAGGGUAUGAUAUUAUAGAUGAGGCAAAAGCCAUUGUUGAGAAAGUCUGUCCUGGUGUUGUCUCUUGUGCUGAUCUCAUUGCCAUUGCUACUAGAGACGCUGUUCUCUUGGGUGGUGGAGGAAGAUACAAUGUCCAGACAGGGAGAAGGGAUGGCUUGGUGUCUCUAGCUCAGAAUGUUAGCCUUCUAGGUCCUUUAGCCUCAGUACCUGAGUCCAUUAAAUUAUUUGCCAAGAAAGGCCUGAGUGCUACUGAUAUGGUUAUUCUUCUAGGUGCUCACUCAGUUGGGGUCACACGUUGUUCGUCCAUCAAACACCGUCUAUACAACUAUAAAAAGACUGGGAAACCUGAUCCUACCAUUGACCCUUUCCUUGCCAAUCUACUAAGAUCAAUAUGUCCUCAAAAUUCAUCUGUGGAUAAUAUAGUAAACCUUGAUCAAAUGCCACUGGGACCAUUGAUUUUGGACAACUCCUACUACAAGCAGUUGAUGGUGAACAGAGGCAUUCUCCAGAUUGAUCAAGAGCUGGCAACAAAACCAUGUACGAGGAAAGUUGUAAGAAAACUGGCUACAAGCUUGGAUUUCCCUGCUCAAUUUCACGCUGCCAUGGUCAAGCUUGGAGCUAUAGAGGUGCUUACUGGCAAACAAGGAGAGGUAAGGAGACAUUGUAGAGCCAGAAACAAGCCCUCGUCUUCAUAAACAAUAGCAGAGGCGUUGGUAAUUGGCUGUGGGGGAACCACAGUGUCCCAUGGCUCUUGAAAAAUUAAAAAAUAAAG